AAAAGGACAUUUUGAAAUUAAAGUACCUGUAUUAUUUUUCUAUUGCUGCUGUUAAAAAUUAUCACACUUGGUGGCUUAAAACAAUAUAAAUUUAUUAUCUUACAGUUCUGUAGUUCAAAUAUCCAAUGGGGGGUCUCACUAGGCUAAAGCCAAAGUAUUGUGAGGGCCAUGUCCCUUUCUGGGGCUUCUGGAGAAAGUAUGUUUUCUUGCCUUUUCCACCUUUUAGCAGUGCCCUUCCUCCAUCUUCAAAUCCAGCAAGAGCGAGUCAAGUCCUCACAGCACCUCUCUCUUACCACAGCUGGGAAAGAUGAGACACAUCUGGAUAGUCACCCCAUCCCAAACUUCUUAACCUUAGUUGCACGUAUGAAGUACCUUUGCUGUGUAAGGUAACUUAUUCAGAUGGUGAUUAAGGUGUGGACACCUGUAGAGGGGCCAUUAUUCUGCCUACCACAGUGCUUAUUGCAGAGGACCACCAGGAUGGUGAAGGGGCUAAACUGGAUACAGAGAAUCAGACUAAGAAGAAUUGAAGAUGAUCCUGAAAUUUAUUGCUUAGGUGAGAAUGGUAUAAUGCUUAUAAAGUGAUUAGUGCAGUAAGUACAUAAUAAAUGGUUUCUACUUCAAAGGCUAAUGCACAACUGCAGAAAUAUAAUAGCUCAGAGGGAAAGAAGCUUAGGGAUGUGGAAAGAGAUGAAGCAGCAUAACAUUUUAUCUUGUGAAGAACAGAAUUUGGGAUCCAAGUUCUCACUUUACAUUAGAUCAGCAAGUGGUUUCAGUGUCAGAAAGCACUAAGUUUAACAAGAACUCUGCAUUACUUCCCUAACUAGUGAGGGAGUUGGGGAGAAUGGAGGUGAUGGGAUACUAUCGUAGCAACUUCUGGCCUCUUUCUGCCAUGAUUGCACAAUGUACGUAUUCUGAGGAGGAGGGAAAACUUUUAUCAGAGGACGAAAACAAGAUUUUUGAUGCUUAGAGGACUAUUGUAUUGGUUUGUUUGUUUUUUUCCAGGAACUUACAAGAAGGAAAUCCCCUCUGAAACCAAAACUCAGCCAUCAGAGGUUAUGAAAUUUUUCAGGCUUUCUCUAGAAUCUUCCUUGCAUUUGUCUCUUUAAACAUGUUCACCUUGACCUUUGAGAAGUUGCUGAUAAGUGGAUAUCAAGCAGGAGUUAAAUUAACAAACCCUCCCACCUCGUUGAGUGGUAGCUUCCAAGGCCAUGGUAAAUGUGUAUCAGUGUGAACUCGAUCCAGAACCAGCCAGGAAGGGAACAAAGUUUAGUCUGUGAGGAAAUAGGCGGCUGCUGGUAGUUUCAUGCUGUCUGUGCAGACUUCAGGUUGCUGUGGUGUUCUGAAGCCCACUCUUACAUCAGAGCUCUGUUCUAAUGAUCCUCUGAGUGUCGGUCGUCUCAGGACCUUGGGCACACUCAUGGCACGAUGGCCAGCCCUCAGGAGCACCUGAGCUGCUCCUCUUCCCUACAGUUACCCUUGAGAGAAAACAAAACCUUCAAUGGACUACAAGAUGACGUUGCACCAAUGGGGAGCCACCCUUCACCCAAGCACCUUAAGAACCAGCAAGAAAAGGGGGUGGUGCAAACAGAGCUAACUGAGGGCACAAACAGCCCCAUCACCACCACAGUGUUGACAAGUGUAAGCGAGGAUUCCAGGGACCAGUUUGAGAACAGCGUUCUUCAGCUAAGGGAACAAGAUGAAUCAGAGAUGGCCAUUUCUCAUGGAAACAGCAACCCUGUGGACGGAGAGGGCACGAGUGGAACUGAAGACAUCAAGAUUCAGUUCAGCAGGUCGGGCAGCAGCAGUGGUGGGUUUCUUGAAGGACUGUUUGGAUGCUUAAGGCCUGUAUGGAAUAUCAUUGGGAAGGCAUAUUCCACUGAUUACAAGUUGCAGCAGCAAGAUACUUGGGAAGUGCCAUUUGAGGAGAUCUCAGAGCUGCAGUGGCUGGGUAGUGGAGCCCAGGGAGCUGUCUUCUUGGGCAAGUUCCGAGCGGAGGAGGUGGCCAUCAAGAAAGUGAGAGAACAAAACGAGACGGAUAUCAAGCAUUUGAGGAAGUUGAAGCACCCUAACAUCAUCGCUUUCAAGGGUGUUUGUACUCAGGCCCCAUGUUACUGUAUCAUCAUGGAAUACUGUGCCCAUGGACAACUCUAUGAGGUUUUGCGAGCUGGCAGGAAGAUCACACCUCGAUUGCUAGUAGACUGGUCCACCGGGAUUGCAAGUGGAAUGAAUUAUUUGCAUCUCCAUAAAAUUAUUCAUCGUGAUCUCAAAUCACCUAAUGUUUUAGUGACUCACACAGAUGCAGUAAAAAUUUCAGAUUUUGGAACAUCUAAGGAACUCAGUGAUAAAAGUACCAAGAUGUCCUUUGCUGGUACAGUCGCAUGGAUGGCGCCAGAGGUGAUACGGAAUGAACCUGUCUCUGAAAAAGUUGAUAUAUGGUCUUUUGGAGUGGUGCUUUGGGAGCUGCUGACAGGAGAGAUCCCAUACAAAGAUGUAGACUCUUCAGCCAUUAUUUGGGGUGUUGGAAGCAAUAGCCUACACCUUCCAGUUCCUUCCACUUGCCCUGAUGGAUUCAAAAUCCUUAUGAAGCAGACAUGGCAGAGUAAACCUCGCAACCGACCUUCUUUUCGGCAGACACUCAUGCAUUUAGACAUCGCGUCUGCAGAUGUACUUGCCACCCCACAGGAAACUUACUUCAAGUCGCAGGCCGAAUGGAGAGAAGAAGUGAAAAAACACUUUGAGAAGAUCAAAAGUGAAGGAACUUGUAUACAUCGAUUAGACGAAGAACUGAUUCGAAGGCGCAGAGAAGAGCUCAGGCAUGCUUUGGAUAUUCGUGAACACUACGAGAGAAAACUUGAGCGGGCUAAUAAUUUGUACAUGGAAUUGAGUGCCAUCAUGCUGCAGCUGGAAAUGCGGGAAAAGGAGCUCAUCAAGCGUGAACAAGCAGUGGAGAAGAAGUAUCCUGGGACCUACAAACGACAUCCCGUCCGUCCAAUAAUCCACCCCAACACCAUGGAGAAGCUCAUGAAGAGGAAAGGCGUGCCUCACAGACCUGGGAUGCAGGCCAAACGGCCAGAUCUGUUGAGAUCGGAAGGUAUCCCCAGUACAGAAGUGGCUCCCACCGCAUCCCCUUUGUCUGGAAGUCCCAAAAUGUCCACUUCCAGCAGCAAGAGCCGGUAUCGGAGCAAACCCCGUCACCGCCGAGGGAAUAGCCGAGGCAGCCAUAGUGACUUUGCGGCAAUCUUGAAAAACCAGCCAGCCCAGGAAAAUUCACCCCACCCCACUUACCUACACCAGGCUCAGCCCCAGUACCCCUCUCCCCAUCACCAUGAUCCUCUGCCGCAGCAAUACCAGCAACCCCCUCCUGCCGCGUCCCAGACUCACCACCCGAGACUCAGUAUGCACAGCCAGGACAUUGCAACCUGCGCCAACAACCUGAGGUAUUUUGGCCCGGCGGCGGCCCUGAGGAGCCCACUCAGCAACCAUGCUCAAAGACAGAUGCCUGGCUCUAGCCCUGACCUCAUCUCCACAGCCAUGGCAGCAGAUUGCUGGAGGAGUUCUGAGCCUGACAGGGGCCAGGCUGGCCACCGGGACUGCUAUCAGGCUGACCCUUAUGACCCCUGCCUCCAGUGCAGGCCAGCACAGCGCGGGUCCCUAGACUUCCCCUCGGCUGAGCCGGUGGGGAGGAGCCCCGACCUCUUCAAGUCACCAGCACACAAUCCCCACUCGGAAAAUGCCCAAGGUUCUGAGAAAACGGAAGAAAACGGGUUCAGCGGCUGUAGGUCUGCGUCAUCCCUUGGCACCCCUCAUCACAUCGCUUCCGCAGUGCUACCUCGAAAAACAAGGCCCCUUCAGAAGAGUGGAGAUGACUCCUCUGAAGAGGAAGAAGGGGAAGUAGAUAGUGAAGUUGAAUUUCCACGAAGACAGAGGCCCCAUCGCUGCAUCAGCAGCUGCCAGUCAUAUUCAACCUUUAGCUCUGAGAAUUUCUCUGUGUCUGACGGCGAGGAGGGAAAUACCAGUGACCACUCAAACAGUCCUGAUGAGUUAGCAGAUAAACUUGAAGACCGCCUGGCAGAGAAGCUAGAUGACCUCCUGUCCCAGACGCCAGAGAUCCCCAUUGAGAUAUCCUCGCAUUCGGACGGGCUCUCUGACAAGGAGUGUGCGGUGCGCCGUGUGAAGACGCAGAUGUCUUUGGGCAAGCUGUGCGUGGAGGAUCGUGGCUAUGAGAAUCCUAUGCAAUUUGAAGAAUCGGACUGUGACUCUUCAGACGGGGAGUGUUCUGAUGCCACAGUUAGGACCAAUAAACACUACAGCUCUGCAACCUGGUAAUGAAAGGAUACCCAUCCUGAAGAUCUCAUAACUAUACUGGCAUCUCAAAUCCAUCUCACCCUCUGAUUCUGCCCACUCCCUGCUUUUUUGUCUGGGAGGAGAGCUGCCCCAUCUUUCUUACCCCUAGAAAUAAGCUGCAAUAACAGGAACAUGAGACUUCGCAAAUCUCUGGAAAAAAAUACCCAAAUGAAGUUAAGUCUCACUGAACAUUUCAAUCAAGAAUGGCAGGGAUCUACUUUAUUGAAUAUUCUAGCUACUGUAACAUUGAUAUUUAUUUUUGUUUGACAUUUUAACACUUUGUACUGUAAAGAGUGAACUAUAUAUGAUAGAGAGAAAGACAAUAAUUUCUUGCAAAAAAAGAGAGAGACUGAGAGAGAGAGAAAGGAGGAAAGAAAAGUGGAAUUUAGGAGCAACAUCCUUGGGGAUUUGUGGGGCCAGGAGGUAUUAUCGCUACUUGAACAGGGACCAGUUCUUUUCGCCAUAAGUAACUGAAGAGACACAGAGCAAGACAUACUGAGCAUUUUAGAAAACAAAGAACAGCAAAAGAAAAGCAAUUCCAGGUAACUUGUGAACAGACCACGUUGUGUUCAACCAGCUUGUCCAGAUGGGUGUUGGAAAUGACCUAAAAAAGUCUGGAGUCCAGAUACUUGCACCCAAGGGUCUUUGAGGGUAUAUGCUUCCUCUAGGAGGAAACAGAAAACUGUAUAUGUGGAAGCUGAUCUCAUUUUUAAAAUUUUAAGCAGCAUUUGGUAGUGAGGCUUACAAAUAGCGUCCAACCUUGUCCUUGAUGAAUAUUUCCCUUUUUAAUUCUGUCAGUCAUUACCUUAGCAAAUGCAUUACCUUGGCCAAUGUGUUGAUUUUUCAAGUGCCAUUUUCUUAUAGCCUAUUUCCUUUCCACCUGUUGACCACUUCUUUUAGGGAAAAAAAGGGGAGGGGGGAGAGCCUGAGGAGGAAAGAAAAGAAAAAAAGAAUGUCCAACAGUGUUAGAAAAGCAAAUGUGGAAUCUGUCAAAGGACGUUCUCAGAAUGUCUCAGUUCAUCUACAUGGAGAAGAUGGAGUCACCUCUCCCUGGAACCAGGUUACUUGUCUACUAGAGUUUUAUAUGAUUUAGAUGGAACAGUCUUCGAAGGCAGCUUGGAUGGGUGUGAGUCUGUCCCAAUGUCCAAUCCCAAACCAGCCCUAUGUUUUUAUUUGUUAAUUCAUUCUGUCCCAGAAGCUUUAGUGACUGGCUACCACUAUCAGAAUAAAGGCAAAAUAAGUAACUUACAAAAGGCAACCCCUCCUCCACCAUGACAGCAUUUUUGUUCAGUGCUACUUGUAAAAUGUAUUUGGAUCAAUGCAGCUUUGAAUAAUUGGAUUUGGAAAUUCCUAGAAAGAACAACUGAUGCUGAGCAGUGAUUGUAAAGGUUUUACAUUGUCCAAGGCAUGAGGUCCUUCCUGUCUCCAGGGUCAUGGGCUCUGAGAAGCAUCCCAAGGUACUUCAUGUAUCUCAGCUUUAAGGAAAUUUUUAUCUAGAAUUUUAUAUAAAAAGAUGUUGGCCUAGUUCCUUCUCUGUCUCCAAGAUCAGUUACUGCCAAAAAACCUCUCUAGGCUCAAGACCAGGAGAGGAUGGCUAGAUGCUUUGACACUGCUUCAUAUUGGACAUCAGGAAGGACUUACACACACAGGUAUUAAUCCAUUUCCAAUGCAGAUGGAAACAUAGCCCUCCUCUGGGUGUCACUGAUUGCAUCGGCCAAAAAGGAAAAGGAGGAGGGAAUUUAGAGCAAUUCCUUUUGCUUGUUUGAUCCCUCCAUUUGUUUACACUUUACGUUGAGUCAUUGAUUUAAAAUUUAGUGUCCGUAAUUUAUAGCUCUUAAGUAGGAUAAAGGAAAAUGUUUAACUUAUACAGAGAGCAGUAUUGUUUCAUUAAAUUAUUCCAUUUUGUAUAAAUUCUGUAGCUGGACUACAUGAAAGAUCUUAAGCUAUGGCAUUAUUAUCAUUGUUAUUUUAUUUUAUAAUAAUUAUUAUCAUUCUCAUUUUCUGUCGAUCAGAAGGUGUGGUUUACGGUGUAGCACAAUGAUUGUGUUUAUUGCUAACCAUGAAUUAUUAUGGAUUUUUAUGAUUUUUAUGAAGGAAUGAAAAUGGAACUGCCAUUUGGGAGCUCCCUGGUAUUGGUCUUAGCUGUUUUCCCUCAUUUUCUGUGUAUGACAACAAUCAUCUGAGGAUGCGGGUUCUGCCCUGGAGCCCAGUGGACACCUUGUGAUCAAAAAAGCUCCUGAGUGAACAGAUGACGGAGUAGAUGGACAAACAGUUCACAAGCUGUACACUUUCUCAAGUUUCUUAAGAAAUAAAAUCAUGGGACUAUAUUAGAAGCCCAAGAGAAUUAUUUAAUGUCCUGAGAGGAACAGUCCUAGAAGGGUUUUGCAUGGGACCCGUGGGGUAGAUAUUUUCAAGAACUGCAGCAUAGUUUGUAAUCUCCUUCAUGCUAGAUCCCACAAAACCAACCUUUUUUCUCCUAGUUGGGAGACUGAAAAAAUGAAAAUGUAUAAAAAUGCCUAGCUGUGAUGUCAUCCCACGGCAAGACUCGGAAUUCUAGAAUGGGACCUAGUCUCUCAGAGAAUCACAGAGUUGGCAAAGUACCUUAAAAGGCCAUAUCUUUCAUCCUCUGACUUCAGACCACACCAUACUGUGAAUCUCUCUGGGUCAUUACUUCUGGGAACGGAGAAGCUACUACUCUGUGUCCUCCUUCUGUCCAACAUAAAACACUGACACUUCACCUUGUCCCAGUCUUGCCCCACUGUAGUGGCCAAAGAGAAACAUGAAGGGCAACAUGUCUUACACUUUUUAUUGAUGGUCUUCCUGGCAAACCCACCCCAAGACCUCAUAAUUUUGAUUAAGUUUUUUGAAUUCCCAUCUUGACUGUCAUGAUAAUGCCAUCUACCUAUCUGCCUUAACUGUCAUGAGCAUAUUAGGGUGUUAGUGUGGAAUCUUCAUUCACUGUAUUGUCAAGAGUUGAAUAAAGUUCCACAUUGAACAUUUUACUUAUUUUUUAGUAGAAGUGACUAGAGGCUUCAGAGAAGAACAGUGUUUUUAGGUUAAAAGAGAAAUGCCUUCUCUACCCCAGGCUGCCCUUCACUACCUGUCUUGAGAUAAGCAGGACAACUUUGAACUGAUGUGUGUUUCUUUGAGGACAAUUCCACAGCCAUCUGAGGAGUGCUGAAUGAAGAGCUCGGGAAUUGAAGAGCUAAAUCUUCAGUCCUGACAACUUGCAACAGUGCUUUAAGGAAACUCGCAGGACUGAUUUCCAGCUUAAUUGUUGAUUGAAAGUUUAACCCCCUUAAGAUGAAUGUCCACAUUCGUUUCACAUCUGUUUUUGACUGACUGCCAGUUAAUGAGCUUUAACUUGUGUUUUAGAUGGGCAUUUGGUUCUGAUUCCCAUCUAUUUCUAGAUCGUGUCCUCUGAAUAACAAUUCCUCUUAAAAUUGUUUAACAGGACUGAGAAGCCUGCAUCCCCUUUGAAAUUAUAAUAGACUUUACCUCCGCUAAAAUUUAGACCUGUUUGUGAGAUUGUGGGGAGCACCUCCCAGAAAGGUGAAGAUGCUAGCUCUGUUGUAAGAUGAUCUGGCAUGACCUACUUGAAGUUCAGAUAUUUUAAAACUUUAGUAUCAACAAAUUCAUCCUUCAGAAUUAAGGAUAUUUUUAGUAGGAUUUAGUAAGUUACUGGACCCAUUUCAGGGCCUUAUUGUACUAAAUUUUCCUCUUACCCUAAGUAGUAAUAGAGUUGAUGGUUUGGGGGUUUUCCUGGUACCAACCCAAUUUUAAAUGCCUUCUGCCUCUGUGAAACAUUGACUUUUUUUUCAGUGUGAAUGCAUCUUUGUUGAUCAAAUGACUUACCCUUUUUUUCCAUGCCUUUGUGUCUCAGUUUUUCCCUCUUUUCUUAAAAUAUUCAUACUUGAACUUCCUGGAACUGAAUUCUACAAACAUAAUAGCAUCCAAGGAAUUCUCACCUGCUCUGCAAUACAGUGUGCCAUGUUUUUUGUUUUUCCACUAAACCGGAAACCAAAAUACCCCACAUAACACUGUCUACCAUUUCCACCCUAAAUACCCAAGACCCAUGUUAUUUAUUGAUUAUUGUAUUCUUUCCUACUGAGCUUGGACACAGCCUCAGAACCUCUCACAACACAGCACUUGGAGCAACAGUUACCACUUGAUGGGAAUUGGUGUGCAAGGGGAGAUCUGUUUGCCAUCUCAGCUCUACCCUCAUAAUUAAUUUCCUAAGGUGGUUUGAGAUCUUGAGUUAGCCCUGACAGGAGACUGACUGACAGGAUUGCACCAGUGUACUCCUUACGGAUCCCACCCUAUGGCUGUCGGGGGGGCAGCACCGAUGGUGGGAAAAGGGCCACGUGCCUCCACCCACUGCCCUUUUGGACUACGAUUCCAAUUGAAUAACCUCCAGUCACUGACAGAUUGAAUUCCAGCUGUCUCUUGAUUUACAUCAUUGCAUUGUGUUAAGUGAGCAUGUUCCUCCAUCACUAUCUGUAAACAGAGUUAACAUAUUAAGUCCCAGUUCCUUGCUUCUUCCUUAGACUCUGUGAGAUUGAUGUACCAAAACAAUGUGACAUUCUCUUUUUUAAGACUUUGACUCGGACUGUCAGUACGAAUUUAGUGCCUUUUCAGGCAGCAAGAUUUUUCUUCAUUGCUGACUAUACUCACAGCGCCAGUGUUACCAACCUCACGGACUAGCACAUAAGAAUCACAUUAGUCUGCCUGUUUGCAUGUUACAGCCAAUACUGCAAGCUCCUGUUCAGACUGGAAUGAACUAGGCUGCCAAGUGGAGGACCCUUGUGGAAGCUGGAACACUUCUCAGGGACAGGUGGCAGAAGAGAAGAGCUCUGAAAUCACUGUUCUAAGAAACAGGGUUAUCCCAAAGGAGUUGGGUUAGGGCUUUUAACUGUCACGUGACCAGAGCAUGCUGGCAGGAUCUCACACAGGGCCAAGACCUCAGGCAGAUGGCAAGGCCACUGUCAGGAAACUUCUGGACAAAUCCCAGGCCUACUCUCUAGAGCCACUUCACAGCACUCAGGGGAAUACUGGCUCCUGGCCCCAGCCUGCUGCCCAGUUACCAGGCAGACAGGGUCCUCCAAUGAUUGCAGGCUAGAGGGAACCAGAGCCAGAAUGUGCAAGAUGUCCCUUAUUGACCAUAUCACCUGGGUAGCUCACUGCCUCCAGAGUGAUCACUUCUCAGACUCAGGAAGUGGGAUGACUCACUUGAUUCUUGUUUGCGGUAAUUUGAGUUCCUUUCAAUUUGGAGCAAAUUAACUUCUUUUUGUAGUCAAGUCUCAAAAUGAACUCUUGUCGGUGUCCUCUGUGGUCUCCGGCACUGAGUUCCCCUGUUCCCUGUGAGGAUGCCGCCUCCCUCUUUGUAUUGAACAAUUGUACAUCGAUGGGAACAAGAGUGACUAUCAAAGCAAACAAAUGCAUGGAAUUAAACAAAAAGUGUACUUCA